GUACCUCCUCCUUCUCCUCCACCACCUCCUCCAGCUGCAACAAGCACCACAGCUGCUGCUCAGGUGGUCCUGCUGGAGUCUUGGAAGAGAAGCCUUCCUCCAGAGCAGCAGGACUGGCUGAGCAAAGCCCUGUUUGUCAGGGACAAGACAGGCAGGGCCGUGCUCACCAAAGAGCUGCAGCUGUGGUACCAUCCACCUGGCCCACUCCUCACAUACAGCCAGCCACCCGCCUCGCCCGACGCCUUCUUCCAGCGGCCCUUCUUCCUCUGGGCCCCAUAUAGGAUGUGGCAGUACAGCUUCAAGUGUCCGAGCUGCGCGCACAAACUAACCAGCUGCGGUCUGUACAAGACRGUGCGCAAAGUUCUGGACCUUGAUGGCUGGUACUAUAUGGCACAGAGUACCUGGAGUGCAGGUACUGCAUGAAGAAGGUGGCGGCCUGGGCGAGGAGCGUGCGGGAGCAGCUGGACCUGGGUCACCAGCUGCUCUUUCCUGCUGAGCUUGCGUACAGGCUGUCAUGCGACAGGAAGGUCCUCGGCCAGAUGAAGGGACGAACGCUGGGGAACAGCGCCAACCGUCUUCGCUCCUUCCUGGUGGAGAGCCACACAGAGGAGUGGAUGUCCAGGUGCCUGCUGUACUUGGAAACCAUCAACAAGUUUCAAGUCGCAGGGGUGCGCUUGGCUCCACCUCCUCACCCGCCCACCAUGCAGCCUGUACCAACCAGCGGCUGGCUGUUGUCCACCUACGCCAGGGAGACCUUCACCCGGUUGGAUGAGCUCCAGGCCGGCGUCACCUCCAUCUUCGGGUCCAUACUAAAGAUGGACUCGACCAAGAAGGUCGUCAGGAAGCUGGCGGGCGCAGACGCACGGACGGCCCAGUGGAUGACAAGUGUGGGCAACGAGCUGGGUCAGGUCCUGAUCUGCGUCC